AUGUUGUCUUCCCGAGGACUAAAAAACGUCCAAGAACUAGAGGUUCCAUGGCGCUUUGCGCCUACUCAGACAUACGACCCAGACACCCACCCAACGGGGCUGAUCUCUUUCGGCAUGGCAGAGAAUAAACCAAUGAAAGCGGAGAUGGCCAAAUAUAUAAACGAAAAGGUCACUUUCACAGAGGAUUCUAUCAGCUACCGGUCAAGUGCACCAUCAGCAGCAAGAUUGCCAGCCGCUGUGGCAGUUCACCUGAACGAUAUCCUUGCACCGCAUGUACCCAUCGACCCAGAGCAGAUAGUAGUCGCAGACUCUCCUACUUCUAUGGGAAAUAUGCUCGGAUAUAGUCUGGCAGAACGCGGUGAUGGCAUUCUCGUCAAUAGGCCUGUCUACGGGCGGUUCGAGCUCGACUAUGGCGUUGAGGCCGGCGUGGAAAUGGUCUAUGCAGACACUGACGCAGAGGAAUCUUUCCUUCCAUCCUCAGUGGAAAAGUACGAGCUUGCUUUGACAGCCGCUAAGGAGCGUGGAAUGAAUGUUCGGGCAGUUCUGCUUGUUAACCCACAUAACCCAGUCGGCCGCUGUUAUCCCGUGGAGACGCUCAAGGCUAUCGCAAGGUUUUGUGAAAAGCAUGCACUUCACUUGAUCAGUGACGAAGUGUAUGCCUCCUGCGUUUUUGACACUGGUGAUCCUGAAGCUGUACCAUUCACUUCAAUCCUCUCUCUUGAUUUGCCAAACUUGAUAGAUCCCAGCCUGGUACACGUGUUGUAUGGAUUCAGCAAGGACUUUGCUUCGGGUGGUCUCCAUCUUGGCUUCCUGGUGACCCAGAACCAACAGCUUCGGCAGGCUUGUAAAGCAGUUCUAAGACUUCAUGGCGCAUCUCAAGCGGCUGUUACGAUUGGGACUACGGUGUUAGAAGACCGGUCUUUCGUAUCAAGCUUCAUAGCCAAAGCACGGCAUAGUCUUGCUUCCGGGUAUAAGUUGACCACAUCCAUUCUAGAAAAAGAGGGCAUCAACUUUAUCAAGGGCGGAAACGCUGGCUUCUUUGUCUACAUUGACUUGUCGCCUUAUCUUCCUUCUAAGGAUCUUCCUCCCAGAGAACGGGAGUUUAGUCUUGCGCAGAGGCUUUUUGAUGCCGGGGUCUUCUUGCACCCAGGCGAAGAGCACUCGAAGGAUGUUGGAUGGUUCCGAUUGGUCUUCUCGCAAAAGGAAGACACAUUGAAGGAAGGGCUGAGGAGGUGA